AUGACAAUUUCAAAGGAUGUGUUGUCUUUUGCCAACACCUCCUACCUUAUGGAGGCUGUGCAGAAGAAGCGGUUGCAAGAACUGACACAGACGGCGACCGCUGAAGUCGAAGAAUCUCUCCCGGAGCCCGUUCAGCAGCCCCGUAGCGACAUCGAAUAUUGGCGCCGCGAACGUCUUGCGGCCAUCAAGCGCAUGCGAGACAAGUCCCGUGACUAUCUGGAGCAGGGCCACGGCUCCGUCGAGACGAUGACCGAUGAAAAGCAAGUGAUAAACACGUGCAACUCUCACAAGCGUGUGAUAUGCCACUUCUAUAAUGAGGAGUUCACCAGGUGCAAGAUUCUGCACCGCCAUCUGACCACUCUUGCCGAGAAGCACCUCGAAGUAAAGUUCAUCAGGAUGCCCGCUGCUGACGCACCGUUUUUCACGAAAAAGCUGGAGAUGCAAAUCCUGCCCACGCUUAUUAGCGUGUUGGACGGGAGCAUAAAGAACGUGUUUGUCGGUUUCGAAGAGUUUAAAGGUGACAACAUAAGCGUUCAUAGCUUGCGAGCUGCCUUGCUCAAACGUGAUGCGAUCACUACAGAGUGUUGCGAGACACUGGAUGAAGAGGACCCAUCGGAAGAUUCCGAAUAG